CAGGCAUGUGCCUACUGCAAGUCACGCAAAAGACGAUGCGAUGGAGGAGAGCCAGCCUGUGGACUCUGCACUAGGUCGGGCGUACCCUGCGUGUACACUGAGCGCAGGAAGAGAGGCCCGGGGCGGAAGUUAGUAUCCAUUGCGGAUGCUUAA